AUUGGCUGUUGAUAAUUCUGUGCUCUUGUUGUUUAUAUUUCAAAACGGGACUUUUUAUCACAAACUUCGGCGAUUUCAUUCUCGUAUUAAUUUUCAACGAUAUUUCAUUAAUUUCGUAAAUUUCGUGGUGUUUUUUUUAGUGUUUUUGAUUAAUAUAUGACUUCUAGUAUCGUUAUAUGUUGUGAAUAAUGAAUAUUACCUCGAGUUACGGUGUUUUAGUGAGCUUAGAAGGAUGAAACAAAGUUGCACGAUUAAAUGAAUUUAAAGUUCUUUGCAAGUGUUAUUUUAAUUCACCACAACAUUUACUCGAUAGCACGAUCGCAAAGCAAUUCUCUAUACGUAAAUUUAGUUUUAUUCAAUGUGAAAUAAUGGAAAUAUAACAUCGAAUUUGAAAUCGCCGAAGUUGGUGAUAAAAAGUCCCGUUUUGAUAAGCACCUAAGAGCACAGAAUAUCACUGACCAAUCACGUACCACGAAUGCUAGCGCGCUCUGGGGAACGUGGAGGUCCGAAUAGUAAAAGCAAUGUUUUGAACGUUUGUCGCGUAUAGCUACUUUCGUUUCGAAUUUUAUUCGCAUUGUUUUGAAGAACUAUCUUAUCAGCUGUGUUGUGUUUUCGAAAUUUGAUUUUGAAAAUUUUGAAUAAUCCGAAGUUUUUAUUAAAUUUCCAUUAUUUUUAUGCAUUCUCACUGAUAUAAAUUUACGGAAUUGUGGCGACGAAGUUCUCGAGUACUCAAGUAACUUUUCGCUUUGCUUCCACUGAUGCAUUCAACGCCCUGAAUUCAACAUAGAAAAUGUCCAUGUCCGUGGAACAAACUACUUGCGAAGACUUGAAAGCAUUCGAGAGACGUUUAACAGAAGUUAUAGCAUCUGUACAACCCGCUACUCGAAGAUGGCGAAUUUUAUUGGGAACUGCCUUCAUUUGCAUGGCCAUAGGAGCUUGCUAUUGGCUUCAAGAUCCAGAACUUUAUAAAAUUUCGUUGUUCCAUUCUUUAUUCAAACAUCCUUUGUUCAGUGUUUCGGCAUGUAUUCUCAUCUGUAUGCUGCUGCUAGGAGGGCAUAAGAAAAUAAUGACACCGAUGAUCAUUGCAUCUAGGGCAAGAUCGGUGCUUUGUGAAUUUAAUAUGUCCUGCGACGAUAAUGGAAAAUUAAUUCUUAGGCCGAGACCAGUUAGCUGAUACGUUGUUUCAAUAAGUAUUGUAAUUUUCAAGUUUUGUGUCUUAAAUUAACUUUUAAUAUGUAUCAAAUGCCAUGUGUUUCUUAAUAUUGUAAUAAAUUGUUAUAUGAAAUUUAAAA